AUGGCAACUGCUGCGAGCCGAUAUUACAGCGAGGACGGCAGAGCAACCAAAAGACAGAAAACCGACGGAAUGUCCACUGAAGGCUACGAAGACCCCCACAAGACCCUUCCAUCUGUUGUGGUACACGUCCGAGGACUGGUGGAUGGUGUUACGGAGGCAGACCUAACAGAGUCCCUGCAGGAGUUUGGAGCCAUUAGCUACGUAGUGUUGAUGCCAAAGAAGCGGCAGGCGCUUGUGGAAUAUGAGGACAUGAACGGCUCCACCACGGCGGUGACCUACGCCGCUGACAACCAGGUGUACAUUGCAAGCCACCCGGCCUUCAUCAAUUACUCCACUAGCCAGAAAAUUUCUAGACCUGGUGACUCUGACGACUCGAGGAGUGUCAACAAUGUCCUUCUUCUAACAAUCAUGAACCCCAUCUACCCUAUCACCACGGAGGUUCUCUACACCAUCUGCAACAACUGCGGCCCUGUACACAGAAUUGUCAUCUUUAGGAAGAACGGCGUGCAGGCGAUGGUGGAAUUUGACUCUGUGCAAAGCGCCCAGCGAGCCAAAGCUUCUCUCAAUGGUGCCGACAUCUACUCUGGAUGCUGCACGCUGAAAAUUGAAUACGCCAAGCCCACCCGGUUGAAUGUGUUCAAGAAUGACCAGGACACUUGGGACUACACGAAUCCCAAUCUAGGUAGCCCAGAUGACAUGAGUGGCAACUCCAACAAGCGUCAGCGUCAGCCGGCCUUGCUGGGCGACCACCCCCCAGAUUACGGUGGUAGUUACCACGGCUACGAGGAGAGCUACGGCUCUUCGCCCUACGAGAGCCGCCGCAUGGGACCCCCGAUGAGGGGCCGUGGUGGGAGAAACUAUGGGCCCAGCUAUGGCCCCCCACCACCUCCCCCGGGCGAGUACGGAGCCCACGCAGACUCACCGGUGGUCAUGGUGUACGGACUGGAACCGUCAAAGAUGAACGCUGACCGUGUCUUCAACAUCUUCUGUCUCUAUGGCAACGUGCAGCGGGUGAAAUUCAUGAAGAGCAAGCCGGGCGCCGCCAUGGUGGAGAUGGGCGACUGCUACGCCGUGGACCGUGCCAUCAAUCACCUCAACAACAACUUCCUGUUUGGGCAGAAGCUCAACGUUUGCGUGUCCAAGCAGCAGGCCAUCGUGCCCGGGCAGUGCUACGAGCUGGAGGACGGCUCUAGCAGCUUCAAGGAAUUCCAGGGCUCGAGAAACAACCGCUUCACGUCACUCGAACAGGCGGCCAAGAACCGCAUCCAGCACCCUAGCAACGUGUUGCACUUCUUUAACGCCCAGCCCGAUGUCACGCAAGAUAUAUUCGCCCAGAUCUGCGAGGACAUCGGCGUCAAGAGUCCCAUCAACGUCAAAAUGUUCACAGGCAAAAGUAAGACCGAUCGCAGCGCUUCGGGCCUGCUAGAGUGGGAUUCCAUGAACGACGCCAUGGAGGCCCUGGCCUUGAUGAACCACUACCAGAUGAAAAACGCAACCGGUCCGUACCCAUACACCCUCAAGCUGUGCUUCUCUACCGUUCAACACACCAACUAA